AUGCUUUCGAUAUUACGGAAAGCUCGGUUGAAGGACAAGGAGAUGCGUAUCCUGAUGCUGGGUCUGGACAAUGCGGGAAAGACGACUAUUGUGAAGAAGAUUAUGAAUGAGGAUGUCAAUAGCGUCAGCCCGACGCUUGGUUUUAUCAUCAAGACAAUUGAGUACGAUGGUUACAAAUUAAACAUAUGGGACGUCGGCGGACAAAAGACGCUGCGGACAUACUGGAAGAACUACUUUGAAAAGACGGACACGCUCAUAUGGGUGGUCGAUGCGACGGACAGUGAGCGGAUAGACGACUGCAGGCAAGAAUUGGCAGGGCUACUGCUCGAGGAGCGCCUUUCCGGAGCUAGUCUGCUGGUCUUCAAGAACAAAAGCGACGUCGCCGGGUCCAUGAGCGAGGAUGAGAUCCGCGAGGGUCUGCAGCUGGAUGCCAUCAAGACACACAAGUGGCACAUCAUGGCGUGCAGUGCCAUGACAGGAAUGAACCUGCGCGAGGGGCUGGAGUGGGUGGUGCAGGACGCCAAAGCCCGCCUGUUCCUGUAUUGA